AUGUCUACCACAGAUACCCCUUCCAAAAACAAACACCCCUACCACCAAAUCCGCGCCCUCCACACCCCCACCACAAUAACAAUCUACCAGGCAUACCCACCCUCCAUCGCCCAUCCCGCCCUCACCACGCAAUCAUUCACCAAAGUCCCACAAUUCAGCCGGUCCCGAAUGACAUGGAUAAAACCCUCCUUCCUCUGGAUGGCCUACCGCUCGGGGUACGCAAGUAAAGCGGGACAGGAGCGGGUUCUAGCGAUUGAAAUCACGAGGGAAGGGUUCGAGUGGGCGUUGCGGCAUGCUUGUCUUUCGCAUGCGUCGAAGGGUGCGUCGGAGGAGGGAGUUAGGGCUUGGGCGGAGAAGAUGUGGAACAGUCCGGUUAGGGUUCAGUGGGAUCCGGAGCGGGAUUUGUGGGGGAGGCCGUUGGGGUGGCGCAGUUUGCAGGUUGGAUUGAAGGGGGAGGCGGUUGGACGGUAUAUUGGGCAGUGGAUUGUGGGAAUAACAGAUGUUACGGACCUUAUGCAUGAUGUUAAGGGGAGAGUUGAUCGGGGGGAUAUCGAAGGGGCGAGGGCACUGCUGCCGAUAGAGGAUGUUUAUGCGCUGCCGGAGGAUAUUGGAAGGGAUAUAUAUUCCUGA